UGCAUUUUCUGUGUGUAUUUCAACGCAAUCACUAUUUGUUAAUACAUUAUGGAAGAAAUUAAUUUACUAAAGUUAUAUGAUUUAUUUGGAUACAGGGAUGAAGGCCCAUUAAAUAUCCGUGCACUUGAGGCCAUACAAGAGUGGGGUUUAAUUCCGCGAGAGUGUACUUAUUUUUGUCCAGUAGUGCAAUUCACUACUCUAUUUUAUCGUUUUUCGCAUCGUGAAGUUAGCUAAAAGUAAAUUUUAUCGAUUUUGCUAUUCAUUAAACGUUUCUCUAACGAAAUUCGCUUUGACAAAAUCAGCUGUUAUCAUUAACGUUUUGAUUGUGGCUAAGUUCUCGACAAAAUUUUUUUGUCGUUAACAUAAUCAAAAUUUCAAGUUUUUAGUUGCGCUUUGUUUUAAAAAUGGCUUGCGAGUACUUGGGAUACACCCAAUUUCGGAGCGAUCGGGAGUCUAGUCCUCCAACAGUGGAUCGACGUGUGUUGAGAAAUGUGGGCAAUCCAUUUCAUUUAGGACCAACGGAGUUCAAGAAAUUGUAUCGCUUAAGUCCAAACUUGGCAGAUGACCUAGUUUGGCAGCGUGCUGGGCAUCUAAGAGGCUCAAGAGUAACCGCAAUAAAGACGGAAAAACAGGUUCUAGCUGCCCUACGAUUUUUUGCGACAGGAUGCUUCCAUCGGCCCGUAGGAGAACAGUCGUCGAUAAGCCGGUCCAUACACCGCGUGGCGGGUGCUAUUUAUCAUAAUAUGUUCUGCUCCAAG